CAUGCGCAUUAUUUUUCUGAACGCUGGCAUCUUUGACGCUUGCCCAUGGCCGAAAUUGCAAAGCGAAAUGAUGGUCCAUAUUCAGCUGCGCAAAGGCUGGUUUGGGCGGACAUCACAUGCAACUAGAGCCGACAGAUUUCAGGCCAGAAGCAGAUUCACUUCUCCUCAACGCCCUGAGACGGGAUUCGUUUACCUCGGUUCUUGAUGACCUGGAUUUGCGACAGAUUGCUCAAAAGAUGGAGGUCCGCCAAGUUUCCGGAGUUCUGUUCGAAGAGGGAGCAGCAGCUGACCUGGUCUUCGUGCUCCAGGAGGGUUGCUUGGAUGUAAGUACUUGUGGAAGGCACCUGCAUGUGCUUGGUCGUGGCACCUGUGCUGGAACCUUUGGUGUGCUGCGUAAGGUCUAUUUGCAUACGCUGACGACUCUUCCUGGAAGCUCUGCAACAGUUUGGUCCACCAACACUGAGUACAUUCGCAGGCUUCUUGACCAGUGGUGCGCAAGGCACGAUGCUGAGAAUCGGAAACUUAUCGACAGAAUCCAUUUGUUCGACUUCCUGCCAGAGAAGCAGAAGGCUCGCCUCUCCGAGCUUCCAGUGCGGGUGCAGGCUUUUCAAGCUGGUGAUCGCGUCUGCUCAGAAGGGGAUUGCAUGUCCGUUAUCUCUGUGGUGAAAACUGGAAGGCUCAGUGGGCUGAAGGUUGCUGAAGAUAGAGAGAGUCCUGAAGAUGGUGCUCGGAGGAUACAUGCAAAGUAUUUGCCGGGCGAUGUCAUGUAUGCCGGCUGCAGCUUGCCUCAGCGGCGGCAACUUCCAUUGAGGCAGACCUUGGAAU